AUGCCGGACCAGGAGGAGAUGCGGCAAUCACGACUGCCUCCGCUGAGUUCGAUUGUUGGGACUGCGUUUGGAUCUGGCGAUGAGGUCAGGUUUGAGACUGUACCGCGGAAAGCGGACGCGAAGAUGGGAGAGUUUGCUGCUCAGAUGUCCGCCUUUAUCUGGUUCUCCUCACCACAAACGCUCAAGGCCGCAAGUACAUACACCCCCGGCUCACCAAUCCACAUCCCGCCAACGUCUGCAGCAUUGGAGUGCCAUGCCAGCUUCGUGCAAUGGACUCAGUCUGUCUUGAACACCACACAAAUCUCACGCGCCGUGGUCCUCCUCGCUCUUUACUACCUCUACCGCCUCAAGCGUUCAUCACCCCUCGUCCGCGGCAAGCCAGAGUCAGAGUAUCGACUUCUUACUGUCGCUCUUAUCCUGGGCAACAAGUACCUCGACGACAAUACCUACACCAACAAGACUUGGUCCGACGUGGCGGGUAUCCCCGUCAACGAAGUUUCUGUCAUGGAGAUUGAGUUCAUCUCGAACUGUCGGUACGAGCUUUUCGUUAAGGCUGAUGAGUGGAGGGAGUGGCAGUAUACCCUCAAGAGAUUUCAGGCGUUUAGGGAGGGAUCGCUUCGUCAAUUGCAUUGUCAGACUGCGGCGUCAAAGGCAUUGCUUCCCUCACCGCCCGUCACGACUGCACUCAGCCCAACAAGUCCGUUCACACACCCAACGGCAACCUGGUCUGGCAUGGGCACUAAUGGUUCUGGCAGCGGCAAGGCGAGCGCGAAGAGGACCGCGGACGUGUUUGAGGAAGACUUUGUCAUGCUUCCGCCACCGAAGAAGGCGGUGACGGGGUAUGGGGAUGCUGUGGAUGCUAUCUUCAGACCAAUUCCGCCGAAUCCUGUGCAGCCACCGGUUCAGUUGCAACCUCAACCACAGCAGUUGCAACAACAGCAGCAGCAGCAGCAGCAGCAGCAGCAGGUGCAGGAUAUUGUUUUUGCUCCAAGACAGACGACCUUCGCACCACAGCUUCCGAGUAUGACGAGCGCGGAGUAUUUGCUUCCUGUCCCUCAAUACCAACAAGCACAAGUGCAGCCUCUGAGAGCGAGCUUGCUACCUCUUCCGAUGUUGAGGAUGCCUGUUCCACAGGCCGUACAACUCCUCAGUCUCCCCUCUGCUGGAGUGAGCCCGGCUGGUAUGGUUGCAAGUCCGUCCUACUCCUCCACAUUGGGCGGCACCCCGCAACUCUCGCCUUCUGGCUGGGGUACAACGGGGUCUGGGCAGUCGACACCUAACACGCUCUCUCCUACCUAUGGACAGUUUGUGUCGAGGUCGAGCCCGUAUGCUCCGAUGAGGCCUAUGCGCACAUUGGUUGGGCCGGCUCAGCCGAUUAUCGGAGACGGGCAGGAAAACUUGAACCUCUACUACCAUACGCUUGGGCACGCGAAUGAGGUGAGGGAAGGGAUUGUUAGGGGUGAUGGAGGGUUUGGCGGCACGCCGGGAAGGACCGGUCCUGCGUGGGUGUGGCAAUGGGAUUACGAGGGCUGUGUGGGGCAGAGUCCCAAUGGGUGGUGA